GAAGACCUGUUCUUCCGGGAAAAUGGCGACUCCCGCUCGUUCGCCGGAGUCCCCGCUGGCCGCGGAUCUGGCGCCAGCUGCGGGGGCUGCCGAGGACGCCGAGUGCCCACCGCCUAGCCAGCCUCAGCCCCCGCAGAAUGUCCUCGCUGCCCCGCGGCUUCGAGCCCCAAACUCCCGAGGACUUGGGGCAGCGGAGUUUGGCGGAGCUACGGGAAAUGUUGAAGCGCCAGGAGAGACUUUUGCGCAACGUAAAAUUCAUUUGCAAAUUGCCCGACAAAGGUAAAAAGAUCUCAGAUGCUGUCGCCAAACUGAAAGCUGCCAUUGCAGAACGUGAAGAAGUUAGAGGAAGAAGUGAACUCUUUUAUCCUGUUAGCUUACACUGUAAGGAGAGGCAAAAAGCUAUUGCAGUUGUUGAUGGGGACAGAGAUAAGGCCCAGAAUUCUGACCAGAUACUUGAUACUUCAUCACCCCUUCCUAGCUGUUCCUCUGUAGCUAACAUCACAUCAUCUCAGACAAACUCACGACAACAGGGACUGGCACAUCUGACUCGCGGAGGUGACGUUGAGGCAACUGAGGCUGAACACACAGUGAGUGAGCACCCAACUUCUAGCAGCGGAACCCCAGCACCUUCCUUAUCUGAAGCUAGUGAGGGUCUCCCUCAGUAUUGUGCCUUAGGUCAAGUGGAGGAUCAUCCUGGCAGCUCAGACAACCUGUUCAUUGAUAGAUUACAAAGGAUCACAAUUGCGGACCCCACUGAACACCACUCAGAAGGAAACCAGAGUCCUGAGAACUUGGCCAGCCUCUGGACUGGGCCGCAGAAAAAGCCUCAUUACAUGGAAGUGCUGGAAAUGCGAGCCAAAAAUCCCAUGCCCAUGCCACAUAAAUUUAAAACCAAUGUAUUACCUUCACAGCCGCACGAUUCAUGGAGUGCUUGUCAGAGGAGAGGGUCUCCCGUCUCCUCAGAGGAGAGGCGGCGCAGGGACAAGAAGCAUCUCGAUGACAUCACGGCGGCCCGGCUUCUGCCGCUGCACCACCUGCCGACACAGCUGCUCUCCAUAGAGGAGUCGCUGGCUCUGCAGAGACAGCAGAAGCAGAGUUACGAGGAGAUACAAGCCAAGCUCGCAGCACAGAAGCUAGCUGAAAGACUAAAUAUUAAAAUGCAGAGCUAUAAUCCAGAAGGGGAGUCUUCAAGGAAAUACCGAGAAGUAAGGGAUGAAGAUGAUGAUCAGUCCUCCGAGGAUGAAUUCUGAAGAUGGGCAUUCAGAUCAUCUCCUAAAUUUCUGCCUGUUGAGAUCUCAUUAUCUUACAUCAGACUGCCUAACAAGUAUCAAGAUCAGUGUCAAACAUUGUUGAGAGAAAGAAUUUUGUAAAGUUACACUAAGGAAACGAUAAAAAUAGCCCACUUUCAGAUGACAACUUUCAUGUGCUUGAAAAGUUGAAUAUUUGAAUAUUGUAUUUAAUGACACUAUAUUAAAUUUUGGCAGUA